AUGAUAGCAAGUAAGGAUAGAGUGAGAUUAAUGACUUGUCAAUAGCCAAGGAAAAGAAGUAAUAAAGCAGACAGAUAAUUUAAUGAUGAAGUAUUUGAAAGACCACCAUAGAGUGUCAUUGAUAAUUUGUAUUGCAGGCUGGCAGAUAAAUCUAGAAAAAUGAAUGUGAAUGUAGUCAUUGGCUUUUAAAAUAUAGUCGCUCUAGCUAUUUCAACAAUGAUUCUCAAAGCAACCUACAAGCAGUCACUAGCCAAUUGUCUAACUAGAGGGGACUUUGUUGUUGGAUUCUUAUGUUUUGGAUCAAUCUAUUGCAGUAAUUUCGCUCUUAAAUAUGUGAAUUAUCCAUUCGUUGUGCUAUCGAAGUCAGCAAAAAUUAUGCCUGUUAUCAUCCUGGGUUCUAUAAGAAAGGUCUACACUAUGCACUAUUCAUAGUAUCUCCUAGCUGUAUGUAUUUCGGCUGGAUUAAUUAUGUUUAAUUCGAAUAAGCUUAAGAAUCUUGAGACUGAUAAUCUCGUUGGCAUAAUUCUCGUAAUCUCAAGUUUAUUCUUUGAUGGACUGACUUCCUCUUAGACUGACAAGUAACAUAAAAGUAGUGGUAGAGACUAUGCUUACUCAAUAAUGUUUAGCAAUAAUUUAGUUCAGCUUUUCUCAAAUAUAGCUUUCUAUAUUCCGCAAUACAUGUACUAAAAUGAUGAGACUAUUGAAAGAAUUUUUAAUAAUAAUGAGAACUUAAAAGAUGUAAUAAUGAUUGGAGUCUCAGGGGCACUAGGUUAGAUCUUUAUUUACCUAACAAUUUCCCUUUUCAACAGCUAUCUAUUGACUGUGAUUACAACUACCAGAAAAUUAUUCUCAGUUUUGUUAUCAAAUUUCUCAUUCAAUCAUCACUUUACCCCUAUUCAAUGGUGUGGUGCUGGUCUUGUUAUGUGCUGCACUUUUGCAGAAUUAACACUGGGAAAUGCUGGCAAAAAACCUGCUCAUAAAAAGAAUGAUGAAAAUAAGAAAGAAUGA